AGGGAGUGCUGCCGGGAGGGCUUGGCAGCAAGAUGGCGCCGCCGGUGCGGGGGCUGAAGGGCGCUGUGUGGCAGAAGCUAAAAUCAGCAGUGUUUGAUGACUUCAGGAAAGAGGAAGAAUGGAAGGUAAUGCUUUUAGAUGAUUACACUACUAAAUUACUGUCACUGUGCUGCAAAAUGACUGAUCUACUGGCAGAGGGUAUCACAGUGGUGGAGAAUGUAUAUAAAAACCGUGAGCCUGUCCCACACAUGAAAGCAAUAUAUCUAAUAACUCCCACAAAAAAGUCUGUAGAUGGACUUAUUGACGACUUCAUCACUAAAUCAUGCAGCAGAUACAAAGCAGCAUAUGUGUAUUUCACUGACUUUUGUCCUGACAGCCUCUUCAAUAAAAUUAAAUCUUCAUGUGCGAAAUCAAUAAAGAAAUGCAAGGAGAUCAAUAUUUCCUUCUUCCCUUACGAGUCUCAGGUAUUUAUUCUCAAUGUCCCAGAUGCAUUCUACCGCUGUUACAGUCCGACUCUGGAAAAGACAAAGGAGAAAGAUGCUGUAAUGCAAGUAAUGGCUGAACAAAUUGUUACCUUAUGUGCCACACUAGAUGAGAAUCCAGGAGUACGAUAUAAAAGUGGACCAUCUGAUAGAGCCAGCAAACUUGCACAGCUUGUUGAAAAAAAUCUUGAAAACUACUACAGAACAGAUGAGAAAAGCCAAAUAAAGGCUAAAACCCACUCCCAACUAAUAAUAAUUGAUCGUGCCUUUGAUCCAGUAUCAACUGUACUUCAUGAGCUCACCUUCCAGGCAAUGGCGUAUGACCUGCUACCAAUUGAAAACGAUACUUACAAAUACAAAACAGAAGGAUCUGCUGGGAAGGAAAAGGAGGCAAUUUUGGAGGAAGAUGAUGACCUCUGGGUGAAGAUGCGGCACAAGCACAUUGCAGAUGUGAUAGAAGAAAUACCAAAACUUUUGAAAGAGAUUUCAUCAAAAAAAAAAGAAGCAGAAGGAAAAUUAUCACUCUCUGCUCUGUCCCAGUUGAUGAAAAGGAUGCCACAGUAUCGUAAAGAGAUCAGUAAGCAAGUUGUUCAUCUUAACAUAGCAGAAGAUUGCAUGAGCAAGUUCAAAUCUAACAUAGAAAGGCUCUGUAAAACUGAACAGGACCUGGCUCUUGGAACUGAUGCAGAAGGUCAAAAAGUGAAAGACUCCAUGAGAGUCCUCCUUCCAGUUCUGCUGAACAAAAGUCACGAGAGUUAUGACAAAAUCAGAGCUAUUCUGCUAUAUAUCUUUAGCACAAAUGGAACUACCCAGGAGAACUUGGAGAAGCUGAUCCAGAAUGUGCAUAUAGAAAGUGAUAGUGAUAUGAUAAGAAAUUGGAAAUACCUUGAUGUUCCUGUUAUCUCUUCAUUUGCUGUUCAGCAGCAUAAAUACCCAAGAAGAGACCGUUCUUCAGAAGAAACCUUUCAACUUUCUAGGUGGACACCUGUUAUCAAAGAUGUUAUGGAGGAUGCUAUAGAAAACAAACUGGAUUCAAAAGACUGGCCUUAUUCUUCCCGGUGUCCUCCCACCUGGAAUGGUUCAGGAGCAGUAAGUGCACGCCAGAAACCUAAGGGUAGUUCCAGAGAGGAGCGGAAGAGCAGUGCAAGGCUGAUUAUAUUUGUAAUUGGGGGAGUCACAUAUUCUGAGAUGCGCUGUGCUUAUGAGGUUUCUGAAGCCUACAAGUCCUGUGAAGUUGUUAUUGGUUCUACUCAUAUUUUGACACCUAAAAGACUACUGGAUGAAGUGAAGAGCCUUACUAAACCCAAAGAUAUGGUCUCCAUUAAGGAUGAAUAGAUAUGGUGAUGUUUAUGAUGUAUUACAAAGACAAACAGUAUGUACAUACUCUAAUGGAACUGACUUUUCCAAACACUGCACUAUGAUACUACAUGGUUCUGACUAAUGGAAAGUCAUGUUAUAAUUUAAAUUUGCUGCUUUUUGGGAAGUAGAAGGCAGAGAGAGGAAAAACUAAACACGUGUUUCUUAGGUUGUAUUUAAUAUUAUAAUAUAAGUGCUUUUUCAAAAGGGCAUGUUUGUUCCUAAGAAAUUAUGCUAAAAGUUAUCGUGACUAUAUAUAAACUGGAAUUGUCUUUGAGAACUGUGAAACCUUUAUAUAAUAGAAUUUAUUUCUAAAAAUUACUGAAUUAAAAAGGGCCUAGGCCCUUGGGUAGGGGCUUCAGGAGAAAAUUUGUAUAUAUGGGUUUAUGGUAAAAAUGUUUCAUACAAAUGCAUUAUCUUAAAGUGUAAUAUUUUCUGUAAAAGUAACUCACUGAAAAUUCUUUAAAUAUGUUUAAUUGUGAAAAAUCUAAAGGCUUUUUAGAUGGUGCUGGGUAAGGGAGAUAGUUAAUCACAGAAGUAUUAAGCAGUUCUAAUCACAAUAAAUAACUGAAGAAAUGCUGUCAACUGUGCACUGAAGUACACUUUAUAUUUAAGUAUAUACAGGGAUUAUUAAUGAAGCUUUUUAAAAAAAUUAAUUUCUUAGCAACUUCCUUAUGAUUGUGUCUACAUAGUGCAUCUGUUAGAAGUUGAAUUGCCUGUGAUACAGAAAUUCCAAAACUAUAAGUAUGUCUUCUUGAGGAAGUGGAGGCAGGGGAAAAGGAGAGGAAAAGAAGGGAAGCAGUUGAAUCUUUCAAAUGGCUUGGUAAUUUAAAAAAGAAAAGCUAAAAGAAAACCAAAUGAGAAAACCUGAUGUAUUCAAGAGAAUUUACUCACUUGUCUGCUUUGUUACAUAUUAAGAAAGAAAUACUUAAAUUUGCAUUGAAGGGAAUAAUCUGAACUGUAUGAAUUCUGUAACACUGGUAAUGAUUAGAUGUGUCUUUAAAAAUUACAUAAUUAAAAUCACUAAACUUUUGAAGGGAUGUUGUAUUUAUGUGCCUUGAAAUGUUAGUUUGUUGUAUGUAGAAGCUGAGAAAUGUCAUAAUGAAAAAUAAUAGAUUACUCAUGGAUUUUUAUUUACAUUUUCCCCAACCAUGAAGGAAUUAAUUUCUUGUUUUGCAUAAAGGUGGAUUUGUUUCUUUUCUCUUUAUUUUGCUCUAAGGUUAACUAGCAGGUUAAGAGAAUAUUUUUGCUAGGUAAGAUCAUUCAGAGUUAAUUAGGUGGGAAAAGGUUAAGUUCACACACACACACACUAGAGAGGAAUGAAAGAUGAGAAGGUUACAUUUUAAGAUGUUGCAGCACAUGUAGCAUGGUGAGAAUAAGUGGCUCUAUCUUUCAAAUGCACCUAAAUGAGUUAGGAAUUGAAUGUAUUCUGACUUUUUUUUCUCAUAUGAAUACAGGAACAACACUCUAAAAUUAACUGGUUCAUCAAACACCACGUGUAUCAAAACUUUAAAAAAAUUAGCAGAAAUACCUAUAACAUUUUUCUGAAUUCUAGUUUGUAACUGUAAAAACAAACAAGUCUCAAUGUAGAGCACUGUAAAACCAAAAUAAUUAGAAAUGUGAACUGUGACUUGGUAUGUUAGCGUGAUGUUUGCAGAUAGGUGUCUCAGGUGCAGAGGCUGUUUUGGUGUGUUUAAGCAGCUGCUGUUAAAAUGUGGGAAGAAAUGAUACUUAGUAAUGACUGAGGUUUAUUCUCACACUUUGGAGUGUGGGGAAAUCAAAGUCACAAAGUUAAUUUUCCUUGUUUAAUCCAAUUUUUAUUAAGCUACCUUAGGUGGACACUUAGAGAAAGGAACUUGUACACAGCAAUGGAUCCUUAGAGAAAGGUACCUUUAGCCAACCUACUAAGGACUUUCAGUAGAAUUAGUAAUUUGUUUUAGAGUUCUGAGACUGAGCAUAAACUUGAGGAAUACCUUUAUAUCUGGUGUGGUUUAAUACUAACAGUUACAGAACAGCUGACCAAGUUAGCUAGCUGACUUUUUGAUUUUUGUAUUCAUCACUUUGUAUUUGCAGAGGUCCUAACACUUCAGUAUCACCCAGCAAAACAAUAUAGCAUUUGAAACUGGGUAACUAAAGUAGGUUUUCUUUUGACUUUAGCCAGAUCUUCUGAAACUGCUCGUACCAUUCGUUCUGUAGUUUUCUUCAAACUGUUUGCUGUCUGUAUGGCAUGAUCCAGAGUAGAACUUAAAAUCUGUUGGAAAUAAUAAAACGUAGCCUUGUUAAUAGUGAAGGCAAAUGCAUACACAGGUGUAGAAUAGAAGGUGAUGUUUAAGGUUUUGUGCACGAUUUUCACUCUGAAUACAUGUUGAGAAGUAGAACUUGAGUUAUGUGAUAAGACUGCUUCAUGAUUCAAGUUGGAAGUAUCUGUUAUUUAUUUCUCUUUGACUAUGUAAUCAUUGGAACUGAGGGAUAUUUACACCUUUGUAAAGUAGCAGGGCCAGUGUUGUGCAUGUUUGUGGUAUCGAGAAGGCUUUCUUGUGGUUGUGAUAGUAGUUUGUAUGGUUAGGUGUUGACAUUCUUUCAGUAUGUGAAACCAUUUCAGAGGUAAGAUGCAGUGCUACUAUUCUGUCCUGAUCAUUUCAUACAGGGACUAAGUUGUAUAAAAAGUCUGGACAUACUUACAUGAAGUUAUAUACUAAUAUAUAAGCUAAAAUGCUUGGGUUUUUAACUCCAUACAGUCUUAUCCUCAAAUGGUCUAUGUUUGCUUAGAUUGUAAUAAUCAGCUUACUAAGAAAGGGAUGCUCAAUAGUGCCUUGAUGUGUGGAUUUAACCUUUCCAAGAUAGUUGUGUGGCACUUAAUUUUCACUUUCAAGUCUUACAUUUGCAUUGGAAUCAUUGGCGUUUCUGAUUGCAGAUUUGCUUUGGGCAAACUUCUUGCUGGGGAUAUACUGAUGUGAAACAAGAAUUUUAUUGCAUGUGCUUGAACAGCAGGUUUUGGCAGCCUCAAAGGAUUCCCUAGAGAGAAGAUAUAGAGAAUAAAACACAAACAAUUUCAGUAAGCAAAAGAAUUUCUAAAGUCUGAAUUAAAUACACACACCUUGAUAGCACACUGGGUUGCAAGUUAAUUUUACAGUGAGUAGAAUUCUCCAUUUGAUGGACUGUGUUUUACAGUUAUUAUUUGUGCUCCAUCUCUAUUGCAGUAAGACAGAAAACAUGCCAGGAUGCAGAGUAAGGAAAUCUCUCACAGCAUCAGUCUCUUGGUGCUGCUCUCUCACACAGGGGUCUGUGCCAUUGAUUCUCAAGUGCAGCUGCUAUUGAGUCCAAGUCCAGGCCAUUACUGCUAUUGAGUCAAAAAAUAUGGUAACAAAACUUGUCUGCAUUUCAGUCUAGUCUGUGCUACAGUUAAGAAUCCAUUUUACUUCUUGGUCUCCCAGAAUUAUUUAAUGUUUACAACAAUUCAAAGGAGGACUGUUAAUUAUAAAGAAAUAGUUGGCAGCAAACAGAGCUGCAUCCUGAAAAUACAGACCUGCCUUUGAAUCAGUGAAUGGGAACAUCCUCUUAAUAAAAUUAAAUAUUUCGUUUCAUUACUAAAUGUGCCAGAUAAAGAAGUUAUAUGUUUACUCUUCAUUAACUUAGAAAGACUGAAAAACUACUCUAAGAACUAUUUAUACAUGUUCUUAGAGUAUAUAUUUUAAAUUCAUUACUGAGUAAAAUUCUAAUAUACAACAUGCACUGCAAAAGAUAAAACAUUCUUCCUGCCUAUGAUACUGGUGUGUUUUUUCCCUGCUGGAUCUUCAACAAUGGGAUUUUCUUAUGUACUGUAUAGUUAUUGCUACAACUUACCUUUCAGAAAGUCUGUUUACAAGUUCAUGUGGCUGUUUAUUUUUUUGAGCGUUUUUUGUGGAGAUUCUUUUCUGUGAAUAAGCUGGAGUCAUAGAGGCCAUGUUUAAAACAAGCAAAAAAAAAAAAAAGGUAAUUUUUUGUGAAUUUUCUGUGUAUUUAACAUUUUUCUCCAUUUAGCAUAAAUAAAAGAUCAAGCAAACUA